AUGCUUAUUCUUUUGUUUUUAUGUAUUGGUUUUGUGCAGGUUCAAACGUUCAAAGUGUGUUCGAGUGAUAGUGAUUGCUCAAAGGCUCUUCCAUUUUGUAUCCAAAAAGGACCCAAUGAUGAUAAAGUGUGUAUGGGAAAAUCCGCGCCAAUGGAAGCCUGUUUUUCCAAUAAACAAUGUCGACACAUAAACAUCUUCUAUAAAUGCGUCACAUAUGAUGGGGAAUUUGCUGGAAUCUGUCUGUCUUCUCCUGAU